UACCUUGCACCAUAACUAUACGUCUGGUUGUACGGAAGAUGUAUAACUCAUGCACAUACUCCACAUCGGUGUAUAUAAGUAUAAACGACAAACUAUAUCCUCAACUUCGCAGCUCUAUAUAAAGGUGGUGGAUUGUAUCGACGCGUUUCAGUAACCAAAAACUUAACGCGGACCUCGGACCUUUCUUCCGGAGAACCGUUUAUGUGCUACAAAUAAUUGGAUUUUAUUUAAUCCUUCCGAAUAAUUAUCAUCAUUGAAAUCAUACCGUUGAACGGAUAAGAUGAUCGUGGGCUGUUGGACAGUGAGUGCCGUGACAUUCGUGCUCUUUUUGAUAUACCUGGCGUUUUUUUGGAAAAUCAAUUGGAUCAAGGAUUUGCGGGAUGAAGACACGAAGACGUCCUGGUUAUUCGGGCGACUGAUUAACGGCGGAAGUAAAAGCCCUAAAAACAGAAACAGAAAAAUUGGUCGGUUACCCCCCGUGUAUCCGAACGGAUGGUUCGUACUUUUGGAAAGUUCGGAGCUAAAAUGUGGCCAGGUUAAACAUAUCGCAGCUCUAGGACAGAAUUUCGCUGUUUUUAGAACCCAAAAAGGAACGAUCAGCGUUUUGGACGCGUAUUGCCCCCACCUCGGGGCGAACAUGGGAGAAGGUGGCAGAGUUCGGGGUGACUGUCUCGAAUGUCCGUUUCACGGAUGGCUUUUCGACGGAACGGAUGGCCGAUGCAAAAAAAUACCUUAUUCCGAUAAAGUGCCUGAAUUUGCGAAAACAAAGGCAUGGGAUUGCUGUGAAAUAAAUUACCUAAUUUUCGUCUGGCAUCACGCGGAAGGUAUGAAACCGGAUUGGCGUCCACAACCAAUUGAUAAUAUCAUAAACGGAAAUUGGCGUUACCACGGUAGAAAUGAGUUCCUCGUCAACAGUCACAUACAGGAAAUACCGGAAAAUGGUGCUGAUUGGGCACAUCUUAGCGCAGUACAUGGUCCUCUGGUUAUUUUCAGUGAAAAAAUGCCAUGGCUGGCCCGGCACAGUUGGACAGGGGCGAAAUGGGCACCGUGCAGUCGUUUGCCGCGCAAGCAAAAAAUCGUGCCAUCUGCAGAAGAGAGUGACACGUUUGAGGAAGCUCGUGAAGAGGAAACGGAAACGAUGGAACGUCAGGAAGAAGUAGAGACUGAGAAGAAUAGUUACGACGAGGGCGGUGAAAAUAUGAGAGAGGGAAACUCACAUCUAGCUUCGAGUCGGUUACACCACAACUUAAUUCUAAUGGAACGUAUGGCUACUUUAGAGCUCGAUGUACGAGCCGAUCAAAUCGGACCUGGGUACGUCGAAUUAGUUUUGCAAACCAGUUUAGGACCAAUAUGUAUUUUACAGACCGUGACUCCGCUGGAACCUCUUUUGCAACGCGUUACUCAUUUGAUGUUUGUACCGCCUCUCAUAGCCCCUUUAGCAACACUCAUUUUUAUUGGAGAAUGCAUUAUGUUUGAGAGGGAUGUAGCGGUUUGGAAUCAUAAACGGUUCGAACAACGACCACUUUUAGUUAGGGAGGAUAGAUCCAUUCUCGCUUAUCGGAGGUGGUAUUCACAGUUUUAUUCUCCGCAUAGUCCAACGUACCAAUCUGCUACUAAAUCGCUUCAGUGGUGAUGAGAUUAAUCGCUGAUUACCAACUCUAUUUACAAUUGUAUAAAAGCCUGGCUAUAUUCAGCCAAUUUUAAUUCAAUUUAUUCAUCACACAGUGCCAUGAAAAUACACUAACAGGUAAGUCGUUUAUCACUUAUUUCUGUUCUUUUACGAAUUCUGUAUAAUGCUCUAAUUGUUAGAUGCACGGUGCUAGGGCAUUGUUAAAAAUAUGAACAUACGUAGACUUACAGUGUGUGCGUGUGGGUUAAACGGGCGUUCAGUUCGUACUAUAAAUAAAUAGAAAAUAUUUAUUUAUCCAAUGCCUUUCACCUUUAGGUAGAACAGAUGAGUAUGUAGGAAUUAUGACCAUAGGUGUGAUGUUCAGAUAUCUUGUAACGAAGUGAAGUUUUCUUUCUUAUUUUCUUCAUAACAAAGGACUAAUCCCACUUUGUGCUUAUUAUAUUUAACCGCCAAUCGCCAAUCGUCGUAUCACAUAUUCUGUUCAAUUUAGCGUUUCAGAGUGCCAAAUGGAAUGAGCAAAGAUCAUUGCCUGUAAAUAAAAAACUGUAAAAGAGGGAUUAUGGUGGUUUAUAAAACUGAAAGUUGAUUUCCAACGAUAUAACAAUAACGUAUUUCGUCGAUGUAUAGAUGAUUGUACUCUGUAAAUGUUAUUCCCAUAAACUUCAUUUAUGUAUGGUGCAUGUAAAUAUAGACUAUCACUAAAUUCGUCAAUUUAAUUAUUAGCUAAUUUGUUAAUUAGCUCGGAUUACAAAACAAUAUAUAAAGAUUGUUAUUGUCUUUCGUGUUGUUACUAACAAAUAUGAAUAUAAAUAUUUUAAAAUAACUUAAAAUGUCUACAUGGUAUAACUUUUAAGAAAAAAAAAAUUACUGCGCUGAAUGUAUCGGCCAUAAUGUUAGCCAAUGAACAAAAUAAAUGCCCAGUUAGUAAUUAC